GAAGAAACAAAGAAAAAGGAGGAGCUUUCCUUAUUUUUGAUACCGAAUCCCAGAAUCCCCAGCGUCAAACAAUCGGUGUUUGCUCUCCUUUUGCCCGUCUACGAGUUUCACACUCCAAGUCCUGCCCAGUAGCGGCAAAAAUAGUUACCGGAGUCGCUCCAUCUCAGGAAAGCAUAUCAUUCCUCUGCUACUUUAGUGGGACCCGCAUAGGUGCAUACUAAGAAAAUAUUCCUUCUCUUCUGAAGACUUGGUUUAAUGGAGCAUGACAGGUUAAAUUCUCCAAGCACCUCUUCAAUUACUCUUGAAGUUCUAGGCCAUCAACUGCAAUUCUCUCAGGAUCCAAAUUCAAAGCAUUUAGGAACUACAGUUUGGGAUGCAUCAAUGGUGUUUGUUAAAUUUCUGGAAAAGAAUUGCAGAAAGGGGCGGUUUUGCCCAUCCAAACUGAAGGGAAAGCGAGUUAUUGAACUUGGAGCAGGUUGUGGAGUUGCUGGAUUUGGGAUGGCACUGUUGGGUUGUGAGGUUGUCGCAACAGACCAAAUAGAAGUUGUGCCAUUGCUAAUGAGAAAUGUAGAGCGUAAUACGUCAAGAAUCACUCAGAUGGAUACUAAUUCAGUGUCAUUCGGUUCAAUCAAGGUUGCAGAACUGGACUGGGGAAACCAGGAUCAGAUAAGGGCUGUCGAGCCACCAUUCGACUACAUCAUCGGCACAGAUGUUGUUUAUGCAGAGCAUCUCUUGGAACCACUGUUGCAGACAGUCUUUGCUUUGUCUGGACCCAAAACCACAAUUUUGAUGGGGUACGAGAUUCGUUCUACAAGUGUUCAUGAGCAGAUGCAUGAUAUGUGGAAAAGAAACUUUGAAGUGAAAAUUGUUCCAAAAGCUAAGAUGGACAGCAAGUACCAGCAUCCAAGCAUCCAACUUUACAUCAUGGGAUUGAAGCCUCCAGCUGGGAGCAUAGAGAACAUGACUCGAAGGAUUGAUCAGCAAGCCAAUGAAGUUGAAACAGACAGUGAAACACCAAAAGAAGAUGACAACGGUGGGAAUAGUAAGGACAUGAAUGACACAGAUUAUUGCAGUAAUGAAAAAGCUCAGGAAGAUUGUGAACUAGCAAUGAGGCUUCCAAAAGCAAAGCUUAAUGACUGGGAAGCAAGAAGGCUUGGCUCAAUGGCUGCUCGGCUUCUUCGAGAUGUCAAAAUAUCAUAAACUUUCAGCUCUGCUAGUUGCAAUUCUUUUAUCGUUAACUAGCAGGUUGCAUGGGAUUUGCAUAAUUUGCUCUCUCAUUGAAUUUCUAAUGUGGAUGGAUUGGAACAACAAUGAAUAUGAAUGAUACUGUAUUUUGCUGCCCCAAUCUUUUAGUAAAUUUUCAGCCAUUGGAACCGAAG